GCAAAAAUCCACUUUUUGAGCUGGUGUCCUGGCGACAUGCACCGAGUGAACUCCCUCUUCGUCUGCGUGUUUGUUGUCCACCAAUCACUGGCUGAGAAAGUCACCAUGCAGAUUUUCGUUAAGACCCUUACCGGUAAGACCAUCACCCUUGAGGUUGAGCCCUCUGACUCGAUCGACGCCGUCAAGGCUAAGAUUCAGGACAAGGAGGGUAUCCCCCCUGAUCAGCAGCGCCUGAUUUUCGCCGGCAAGCAGCUCGAGGAUGGCCGCACCCUCUCCGACUACAACAUCCAGAAGCACUCCACCCUGCACCUCGUCCUCCGUCUGCGUGGUGGUGUCAUUGAGCCCACUCUCCGCAUUCUGGCCUCCAAGUACAACUGCGACAAGAUGAUUUGCCGCGUUUGCUACGCUCGCCUCCCCGCCCGCGCCACCAACUGCCGCAAGAAGAAGUGCGGUCACUCCAACCAGCUCCGCCCCAAGAAGAAGCUCAAGUAAAUGAGCGUCUCUUCUCUCUCGAGCUCUCUGCUGGGCGCGCCUGCGCUCUUGCACAUGUGUCGCCGCGACCUCGCGCGCGUGCAUGCGUGCAGUGUCGGUCGCGAUCCUUCGCUGUGCAUCUGAGUGUCUCUUGUUGUGCGAUGAGUCCGUCAGAGAUUGUCGCCCUUUCCCUCUGGGGGGGGACUUGCUCUCCUGUCAGAAUGAUACCCUCAC